GGGAAAAACGAACGAACUUCGAAAAAUAAAAAUAAAAAUAAAAACAGUGAGCAGCUAGAACUAAAACAGAGACUGAGACAGGUUUUUGUAAUAUAUUUUGAUUUGUUCAUGUUUGAUCUUUGUUUUCCUCGUAUAAUGUAUGUAAAUCUCUUGAUUUGCUCAACUAUUUCAAUUAUAUUUUCCUCUCCUUCAUUUUCAGGACUUUGAUUUACUUAUCAACGGGCUACUGGAAGUGUUUCUCGCGAAAUAACUUCUGCAUUGUACGCAGGAAGCUUGAUGGGUUCGAGAUUCCCAUCUCAUCAGCUCAGCAAUGGCCUUUACGUAUCAGGCAGGCCAGAGCAACCUAAGGAAAGAACUCCCACCAUGAGCUCAGUAGCAAUGCCUUAUACUGGUGGUGAUAUUAAAAAGUCGGGAGAGUUGGGGAAAAUGUUUGAUAUACCUGUGGAUGGCUCUAAGUCCCGGAAGUCUGGACCUAUAUGUGGUGCCCCUUCAAGGACUGGAUCUUUCGGAGGCGCUGCUUCACACUCUGGACCCAUCAUGCUUAAUGCAGCUCCUCGGGCAGGCUAUUCCACCUCUGGUCCUGGACCUACAGGAGUCAUGUCUGGUUCAGCUUCGUUAAAGAAGUCAAAUUCCGGACCAUUGAAUAGACAUGGGGAUCCAGUGAAAACAUCUGGCCCCCAAUCUGGUGGACUAACAUCUAGUGGACGCCAAAACUCUGGUCCUAUCCCUGUUCUUCCUGCAACUGGUCUCAUCACGUCUGGCCCUAUCUCAUCAGGCCCAUUAAAUUCAUCCGGGGCUCCUAGAAAAGUAUCUGGUCCUUUGGAUUCAAUGGGAUCAAUGAAAGUGCAUGGCUCUGCUGUGAACAUUCUUAACCACGACGAUGAUGAGUUUUCUUUUAAGAGGAACUUCCCGAAACCAAUCUUAUGGUCGUUGCUACUGCUUUUUGUGAUGGGUUUCAUUGCUGGUGGCUUUAUUCUUGGAGCUGUUCACAAUGCCAUUAUCCUCAUAGUUGUGGUGAUCCUUUUCGGUACUGUUGCUGCAUUAUUUGCUUGGAACUCAUGUUGGGGAAGAAGAGCAAUUAUGGGUUUCAUUGCUCAUUAUCCUGAUGCUGAGCUCCGAAAUGCAAAGAAUGGGCAAUUCGUGAAGAUAUCUGGGGCUGUAACAUGUGGAAACGUGCCUCUUGAAUCAUCCUUCCAGAAAGUUCCUAGAUGUGUUUAUACAUCUACUAGUUUAUACGAGUAUCGUGGAUGGGAUUCCAAAGCUGCCAAUCCUAAACAUCGCCGGUUUACGUGGGGGCUUCGAUUAUCAGAAAGGCGUGCGGUUGACUUCUACAUCUCCGAUUUCCAGUCGGGUUUGAGAGCUUUGGUAAAAACGGGCUAUGGAACAAGGGUGACUCCUUAUGUGGAUGACUCUAUCGUCAUUGAUGUUAACCCUGCCCAAGAAACAUUACCUCCGGAUUUCAUUAGGUGGCUUGGAGAAAGGAACCUUUCAAGUGAUGACCGUGUAAUGCGGAUUAAAGAAGGGUACAUCAAAGAAGGAAGCACAGUUAGUGUAAUGGGAGUUGUUCAAAGAAACGACAGUGUGCUCAUGAUUGUCCCCCCAUCCGAGCCAAUAACAACAGGAUGCCAGUGUGCAAAGUGCUUUUUCCCGGCCGGUCUCGAGGGGAUUAUAGUGAGAUGCGAGGAUACAUCAAAGACCGAUGUUAUUCCGGUUUAGUAGUAUACGCCUCGUGAACUUUCUAAGGUAACAUCGUUAAACAUUUAUUCUUUGUUUAUUUCUAUGGCAACGACGCAUACAAGAGACGAUAGUGUGAUGAUUUAGGAUGGGGUAGGUGAUUGUCUUCUUGUUGUCAUUUUAACUCGUUGUAUAGCUCUUCGGUUUCUACGUUGUUCCCGAUUUUUUUUAUUUCUCUUUUAGUACCCGAAUUUGACAUCUUAGUCCAACACAUAUUCGGACAUGAAUACGGAAUAUGAACUUCCAAGGACCUUCCCAAUACAUUAAAAACAUAUCCCAUAUGGGAUCCGUCUGAGUAAAAUAGGCCAGGCUCGGGGGCCUUUUUUGGUUUGAUGUUAUUAGGGAGUUUUAUGUGUGCCCAGUAGAUUGCAAUUUAUGUAAAAUAGGGAAAGAGAAAUAGAGGCUAUGUUAUGCAUUGUUUUAUUCAUAUCACAAAGUUGGCAUCUUCUUCGC